AUGCACAGCUCGAGUUGCACCAUGGACGACUCUCCCCGAUCUUCCAAACGCAGAAAGAUUGACACGCCAAAGCACAUUGCCUCUCUCCAGGAAAAGACGAAGACAGCAACGAAAGGCACGCCCAAUAAGCCGCAAGGCAGACUGGCCAAGAGUACGACAAAGAGCACUCGAGCCAAGGAGGCAGCAGCCGAGGAAAUCGACAUAUACGAUGACAUUGAGGGGGCAUUGGGUGUCAAGCCUUCGGCACCGAAACGUGCACAACCUCAGACAACAUCGCGUGCAAAAGCUUCGAGCAGCGGAGGACAUCCUGAUGAGCUUCAGGACACUCCCGUGACUGUUAAACGAGGCAGAGGUCGGCCCCCAAAGGCACAAAGCGCAAGCCGGACUGCCUUUCGAAACACUGUCACGAGGUACAAGGCUGGAUCAGAGGCAGAGGCAGAGGUCGAGGUCGAGGUAGACACUCAGGACAAGCUUGCUGAGCAGGCCCCUUCGCCCACCAACCGUUCGAAGACCGCGCGAACACCAGCCAAGUCAGCUCGGAAGCCAGCUGCACCAAGGAACCGCGUCCGUGGGAAGAAGCAGCCGACACCGGGACAAGAUGAAGAAACUCCAGCGACACCUUCGAGAUCAAUUAGGCGACGUCCACUGCCAAAAGCGAAAACUACGGCCAUUACAGAAUCUGCAGAUGAACUUGCCGAUCCAGUCCUCGCAAGCAGUCGUAAACGCACAGCAAGUACACGUCGGCGCUCGAAUCGCACCGAUCACAUUGAUAAUGGGCAACAAGGACAUUUGUCUGAUAUCGAGAUGGAAGUUAAUGAGUAUGCCGACGCCAACAAUAACGAUGAAGAAGGUGUUGAUGGCAAUAGUCUCGUGGGUAGCGUCCUCGAUCCUACCGAGCCCAGUCCCUUCAACAAGCCUAGUUCAGCACAGAAAGAUACCCAAGCACCUCCUCUGAUAUUCGGUGAAUUUGCUGCUGGGAAAGGCUUGGACCUACUCAAGACUAUUGUUAUGGAUCGCAUCACUGGUAGACGGCCUUCGCCUCUUGUUGGUCUGGACGACGAGUACAAAUCAGUGUACCAGGUUGUGGAACAUACCAUCACUGCGGGCGAGGGAAACUCGAUGCUCGUCAUCGGUGCGCGAGGUAGUGGGAAGACGGCACUGGUCAAUACAGUUCUGUCAGAGGUCGCCAAAGACAAUAGUGGUGAAUAUCACGUUGUUCGACUGAACGGCUUCAUACAUACAGAUGACAAGAUUGCACUACGUGAGAUCUGGCGGCAACUAGGCAAAGAGAUGGAGGUCGAAGAGGACGGCAGUGGGCCUGGCAAGAACUAUGCCGACACGCUUGCAACUUUACUAGCACUCUUAUCGCAUCCUUCUGAGCACACGGGCGAAGUUACAGAUCAAGUGGCGAAAGCAGUCAUCUUCGUCAUGGACGAAUUCGAUCUUUUCGCCCAGCACCCGCGACAGACGCUGCUGUACAAUCUCUUUGACAUUGCGCAAUCCAGAAAAGCCCCCAUCGCCGUCCUCGGUCUCACCACACGCAUCGAUGUGACCAACAGUCUGGAGAAACGAGUCAAGAGUCGGUUUAGCCACCGCUUCGUCCAUCUCAGCCUCGCCAAAACCUUCACUGCCUUUCAAGAAAUAUGCAAAGCCUGUCUGCUUAUCCAACCAGAACACCUCACCAUUGAAGAGCGUGGGAUACUAGACCAAGGCAUGAAAUCCACCCCUCAAAAGAAGGUGGGGACAAAAACAACAUCCACCACCCCCUCCAUCCUCUCAGAAUGGAAUACCACCGUCUCUCAACUCUUCCUCUCCUCCACCUUCCUAACUACCCACCUCGCUCCAACCUUCUACACGUCCAAAUCUACCCCGAAAACCCUCUCCUCCUUCCUCCUUCCCCUCUCCAGCCUCUCCUCCUCCACCCCCUUCUACCCCACUCCUCCUCUCACCCCUCCAGACUCAAAACUCUCCCUCAUCCCCCAUCUCUCCACCCUCGCCCUCUCUCUCCUCAUAGCCACCGCUCGCCUCGACAUCAUCCACGACACUGACACGGCAAACUUCAACAUGGCAUACGACGAAUACGUCACCCUGGCUUCGCGCGCCCGGAUCCAGAGUGCGGCGGGCGGGGUGAGCGCCAGUUCCGCCCAGAGCAAGGUUUGGGGGAAGGAGGUGGCGCGCCGCGAGUGGGAGGGUUUGUUGGGGUUGGGGCUUGUAAUGCCCGUUGGGGUUGGUGCGGGAGGCGCGUUUGGGAUGGUGAGGUGCGAUGUUAGUCUUGAGGAGGUGGGGGAGGUGUUGAAGCGGGGGAAGGAGAGGGGUUUGGAGAGGUGGUGUAGGAGUCUUUGA